AUGGACAUCAUUGGCGUUAACAAUCGCAAACUCAACCGAUUGGAGCCUCUAACAACAGUGCAACUCGACAUUGCUCCACGCUCUCAAAGCUUCUACAGCAAGCGCGAUCAGACACAGAAUCCUGCAUAUCAACCAAGCGGGCCGAAAGCUAUUCAACAUGACGACAUGUUACGGCUUGCAGUGUCAGCAUUCAAUACAACCUACUUUUUACAUUUGCACCCCAACACCGAUCUGUUUCAUCCCAAUGCUGUUAUCAACUACAAUGGUCGAGAAGAGCGUUUAAAACGACACGAAUAUCGAGUGUAUCGUGGCUAUGUCGUCGACGAGACUCAAUCGCACGAUCGGUGGGUUGCUGAUCGAGCUGGUGUAUUGCGGGAUGAUUUUGCCGCCGAGAAUGAAGCUGGUGUAUUAGGAUGGGCACGUAUCGUUGUUCGAGAUGAUAUAAGCCACGACCUCGACUAUCCAGUCUUUGAAGGCUCCUUCCGUGUCCAUGACAACAUUUACCAUGUCAAGGCAACCCACAAUUAUCAAUUGGCCAAACGCAGCGACGACGUUGAAUUGAAUACAGCCCAUCAUCAAUCUCGCAUGGUCAUUUACCGUGACUCAGAUACGGUUCUCACACCCCUUUUGAGACGAGAUGGCCAACCCACUACUCAGGUUCCUGAAUGCGGAUUUGAUCAAUUGUUGCAUAAUCAACAACCACCUUCCACCAUCCCAGCACAUCAUGCACUAGGCGUUUAUCAAGACAAUGAACUCGAUAUCGAUACUUACUUGAUGAUGCCCGAUGGCCAUUCCCCUCUCCGUAAACGUGCACCUGAAGGGUGUCCAUCUACAAAGAAGAUUAAUUACAUGGGAGCUGCUGCUGAUUGCACCUAUACAAAAUUCUACCAGUCAGCCGACAAUGCUCGCAAGCAAAUCAUCAAUGAUUGGAACACUGCAUCCGCCGUCUAUGAACGAACAUUCAAUAUCCAAUUGGGCUUGAUCAACAUCACCAUCAUGGAUGAAAAUUGCCCAUCGACACCUCAAUCCAAUGCCAGCUGGAAUCAAGGUUGCUCUUCUUCAUAUACCAUUUCUUCUCGUUUGAGCGACUUUAGUCAAUGGCGUGCAACCCUUGGUGAUGAUGGUGCUGGUUUAUGGCAUUUAAUGACCGCUUGCGCUUCUGGUGUCGAAGUUGGUAUUGCAUGGCUCAGGCAAUUAUGUACGCACACCGUUUCACGUCAACAAUCCCAAGAAGGCACACAAUACGUCUCUGGAACAGCUGUAUCUUCAAUCAUUCGAGAUGAGUGGACUGUGGUAGCUCACGAGAUUGGCCAUAAUUUUGGUGCUAUUCACGAUUGUACAUCCGACAAUUGCCCAUGCAGUGGUUCCUCUUGCCAAUGCUGCCCUCUUAGCUCCAGCGAAUGUGAUGCCCAAGGACGAUACCUCAUGAACCCAUCGAGUAAUGGUUCUACCCACGACUUUAGCCCAUGUACUAUCAAUACCGUGUGUGAAGCAUUCCCAUCACUUGGCUCUUGUUUAGAAGAUCCUGGCAGUCGAACCAUCAAGACAUUACAAAUGUGUGGUAACGGCAUUAAAGAAGACGGCGAGGAUUGUGAUACGGGUGGCACCAAUACAACAUGCUGUAACGGAAGCACAUGUAAAUUCAAUGACGGAGCCAAGUGCGAAGAUUCGACCGAUCUUUGCUGUGACAAUUGUCAACCACGUGCUUCGGGCUAUGUGUGUAGAGCAGCCACAUCUGAAUGUGAUGUCGAGGAAACUUGUGCUGGUGAUACGGGUGAUUGUCCAUCAGAUCAACACAAACAAGAUGGUGAAUCCUGCAGCAAUGGCAUGCAAUGUGCUUCGGGCCAAUGUACUUCACGUGAUGCACAAUGCAAACAACGUGGCUCAGAUAUGAAGAUCGCUCGUGCUUGUGGAUCAGCUUCAGGCUCUUGCCAGAUGAUUUGCGAUAAUCCAGAUGGUCUUGGAUGCGUCAUCUUUAACGGUUUCUUUUUGGAUGGCACACCUUGUGGUAUUGGUGGUACAUGUAAAGAUGGCUCUUGCAGCUUGGAUAACUUUGGUGACAAUGCAAAGAAUUGGAUCGAUAACCACAAAGAGAUUGUUAUUCCCGUGGCUAUUGUCGUUGGAUUGCUCGUUUUAUUCUGUAUUUUCCGAUGUUGCUGCAUGAGCUACUAUAGACGGCGCAAUGGGGGUGUCUAUGUUAUCGGUGGCACGCCUCAGCAACCACCACCACCUCCUUAUUAUCCACCUCCACAAGCACAGUGGGUUGACCCAUCCCGAUACAAUGGUGCACCAUCCAUGCCACCACCCUCUUAUACACCACCCACGCGAGAAGCCUAUGAAAUGAACUCUUCAGGCAAUUGGCAACAACCACAGCAACCAGAAAGUAGAGAAGGUGGUGAUAUCUCUGGACGUGUUCAACGCUUCCAAGAACAACAAAGAGGCUCCACUUCACCACGGUAG